AUGACCGGCACACACUCCCUCUGGGAGCACGCCGCUCUCGAUCCCAACACUCACCUCCUCCCAGGAAUCCGCUCCUUCUGGCCUGCCUUCACCUCGUACUUCCACAACGGAAAGGCGCUCACCCACCUCGCCACCUACAAGUCCUACUAUGCCUCCGCAGACCCGCUCCACUCGGCCAUCGCCUUCUGCGGAUUCGUCAGCUUCUACGUAUGGCUCAUGGAGAGGAUCACCGGAAACGCUUCCCAGGUCGACGGCCUCUGGACCUUCCUCCCGCUCAUCUACUCGGUCCACUUCACCGUGCACAAGUACUUCACCUACCAGCCCGCCAAGCUUUCGCUCUUCGGUGGCGUCGAGUCCGCCUCGCUCUGGGACAAGGUCGAGCCGCGUCUCGCGCUCAUGACGCUGCUCUCGGUGCUCUGGUCCGUCAGGCUCACCUACAACGCCAUCCGACGUGGCAUGUUCAAGCCGGGCGAGGAAGACUACCGAUGGCCGCUGCUGCGCAAGACCAUGUCGCGUCCCAUGUGGCACAUCUUCAGCAUCUUCUUCAUCGCCAUCGCACAGAACAUCCUCCUCGCCAUCACCGCCCUCCCCAACUACCUCCUCCUCACCACCACCUCGGUCAAGCACGUCACCGAACCCGUCCCGCGCCCCGUCAACCAGCUCAUCCUCGGCGACUACAUCCUCGCCGCCCUCUUUGUGCUCAACCUCACCAUCCAGUUCUUUGCCGACCAGCAGCAGUGGAACUACCAGAACUACAAGCGCGGCAAGGACCCUUACGAGAAGCCCCUCCCCGCUGCCAUGCUCGACCCCAAGUCCAAGCUGCCGGUCAAGAACCAGACCGUGCAGCCCUACGCUACGCCCGACGACGCACGCCGCGGAUUCGUCACCAAGGGCCUGUGGGCGUGGAGCCGACACCCCAACUUUGCAUGCGAGCAGACCACCUGGUGGAUCCUGUACGCCUUUGUGCCGCUCACCUUCCUGCCGCGCAACCUGGAUUUCACGCAUGCGCACUGGUCGCACUUUGCCAACUACGCCAUCCUCGCCCCGCUCGCCAUGAACGCGCUCUUCCUGCCCAGCACGCGCUACUCGGAGCAGGUCUCGGCCGAAAAGUACCCCGAGUAUGCCGACUACCAGAAGCGCGUCGGCAUGUUCCUCCCCAUCGACACCCUCCUCCGCACGCUCUACUACAACCUCAUCGCCUCCAAGCAAGACAAGCACCGCGUCGAGGCCAACGUUUGGGGCACCAGCCAGGUUUCCAAGAUCAAGGCCAACUAG